GGUUCCACUACCCCAACCCCCCACCGCCCCAGACCUAGCUACAAUCUCUUCCUUACCUGUAAAUACGCCGCCAGAGAUAUUGCCUGAGAUCCAAACAUAUAACUGCAAAUUACAAUAUUCUUUCUCUUGAUUAUAUAUAUAUAUAUAUAUAUAUGUAUAUGGGCGACCGGAGCUCGGAAGUGGCAGUGCCUCUGUUGGACGGCGGCGCCGGCGGAGGCGAUGCCCAUCGGGACGACCCGUUGAAGCAACGCUUGCCCGUUUCGGGCUCAACGUCGUUCUUCAAAACGUGCUUUAACGGCGUCAAUGCAUUAUCAGGUGUAGGAAUACUGUCAAUACCGUAUGCCCUGGCUUCAGGAGGAUGGCUCAGCCUCCUCCUCUUCUUCCUCGUUGCUGCUUCCACAUACUACACUGCAUUGCUAAUCCAAAAAUGUAUGGAAAUGGACCGUACAAUACGAACCUACCCGGACAUCGGCCACCGCUCGUUCGGACACUUGGGCAGAGCACUUCUCUCUGUAUCAAUGAAUGUCGAACUCUAUCUUGUCUCAACAGGUUUCUUGAUCGUAGAAGGGGACAACUUACACGGCCUAUUCCCCAACAUGGAAUUCCAAAUCGCCGGAAUCACAAUCGGGGCGAAAAAUGGAUUUAUCCUCCUCGUCACUUGUCUCUUGAUGGUGCUCACAUUUUGUCCCGACAACAUGAGCUUUGUCUCCUACUUCUCCGCCGGCGGCGUCAUCGCAUCCUCCGUUCUUGUCUGCACUGUUCUCUGGGCUGCCGCCGUCGACGGCGUCGGCUUCCAUCAUAAUAACGGCACCCUCAUUAAUGUCGAAGGCCUCCCCACUGCCGUCAGCCUUUAUGCCUUCUGCUAUUGUGCGCACCCUGUUUUCCCCACGUUGUACAAUUCCAUGAGCAACCAACGCCAAUUCUCCAAGGUAAUGCUGGUUUGCUUUGUGUUCUGCACAUUGGGAUAUUCUGUCACGGCAAUCAUGGGAUACCUAAUGUUCGGACCAAAUCUACAGUCUCAGAUAACCUUAAAUCUUCCCAAGGAUAAGAUUAGCUCGAAAGUGGCAAUCUACACCACCAUUAUCAAUCCACUGGCUAAAUACACAUUGAUGGUGACUCCGAUUGUGCAUGCUAUUGAAAACAGGAUUGUCGUUUACAAUCCAAGCAAAGGUUGUCGGGUUCUGAUCCGAAUGGGAUUGUUGCUGAGCUCGAUGGCCGUCGCGGUCGCCAUUCCUUUCUUCGAGAUUCUAAUGUCCCUCGUCGGCGCCUUCUUGAGCAUCACCGCCUCCGUCAUUUUUCCUUGCUUAUGCUACUUGAAGAUGUCCGGCGAUUAUCGGAGAUUCCGGCGGAAAUCGGCGGCCAUUUGGGGGAUCGUUUUGGUGGGUGUUGUUGUUCUUGUUGUUGGCACGUACGUUGCCAUGCGCGAUAUCUAUCUCCAGUUGCUUAGAUGAUGUGUAUGUAUAUUCGAUUUUGGAAGUAGAGAAUGGAUAGGGCAGGGCGUUUAUUGACGGGACAUGGGUCGUUGCAUAGUUGUUAUAUUCCCUUUUUCUACUAUUAAAUUUACUUGUCAUUAAUGAGUGGAAUUAAUUAAUUAAUUAAUUAAUUAAUUU